AUGCAAAGAGAACUGCACCUGCUGCGACAAGAACAAAAUAAUCAAAAAUCGCACCGCUUAUUACCCGACGUUAAAUUAAAUGAUAUACAAAAAACCAAAGCCGGUACAUUUACAUUGUAUGCAAAGGAUACUAAAAGCUUAAACGAACUCUUAACAAAAUUUGUUCCAGCACAAAUACAACACUAUCCAUCCACAAAUGAAAAUAUUUAUUCCACGCGUCAUCCAAAAAAUGUUGGAUAUACAGACAAGGAAGCAUUUGUAACAGGAGUAGAUGUUGAAAUAUCCCCACAAGAUAUAGAAGAAGUUUUAAAAGAUGAAUAUCAUGUUGAAAAAGUUGAACGUUUACGAAAUAAACAAAAAAAUGAACAUACUGCAUAUGAAGUGUUUAAUAUUAGUUAUCCACUCAGUACAAAAUUUACCCUUCAAACAAUGAAUGGCAUUGUGUUCAAAACAAGAGAUUUCAAUUUGUCACUUGGUGCUCAACGUUUUCUUGAUACAUUUUCAUUCUUAUUUUCAAUGACCAACGAUGCUGUUGCUUUGUCAUCGAAUGUUAUACAGCAUGAUUUAUCAUCAUCGAGAUCAAAGACAGUAGGACGUAUACUACUUGGUAUAUUUGGCGGAGUUGGAGUAGGUCUCACUGUGCUGGCAUUACCUUUUGUUACGCCAGCGUUACGUAAACACGCCUUACCUUAUGUUCCAGCUACAAAAGAACAAAUAACAAACAUAUUCCAUUUAUUAAAAAAUCGUAAUCGUCAAAUACAAUCUUUAGUCGAUUUGGGAAGUGGCGAUGGUCGAAUUGUAAGUGUAUUUGAAUCAAUUAAACAAGGUUUUAAACAAUCAACCGGUAUUGAAUUAAAUCGAGUACUAUUAUAUUAUUCACGAAUUUAUGCAUUAAUCAAUGGUGGUCGGUAUCCGUUGUCAUCAUGGAACUUCAAACGUGCGAAUAUUUGGAAACAUGAUUUAUCCAAAUAUGAAAAUAUUGUUAUUUUUGGAGUUGAUUCAAUGGAUAAUUAA